AUGACGGACUUUUCGCUCUAUGUUGUCAUCAACCCCAACUUGUUGAGGGUGUCUGAGGAGCUUCCACCCUUCAAAGGUCGUAAUGAAGGACCACCACAUCAGGGAUUAGUUGUCGAUGUGCAGAAGGUCAAAGACUUGAUUGAUGCCGGAGCAACUGCAAUCAAAUUGCGUGGAGAUUCCACCAUCGACACGAGCGAUUACACAAAGCUUGCCAAAGGAAUUCAUGAGGUUACAAAGAAGUACAGUAUCCCAUUGAUCAUCCAUGAUCGUGUUGACAUUGCGAUGGCAUCAGGAGUUGAUGGGGUGGAAGUGGGAAAAGGAUGUCUUGACUACAUGAGUACCAGGAAGAUUAUGGGGCCUGAAAAAUUGAUCGGUGUGUCGAUUACCAAUAAACGUCAAGCCUAUCUUGCGUCGAAAGUUCAAACUGCGUACCAAGUCAUUGGGCCUGUAUAUGAGCCUCUACUUGCAGUGGAGCCUCUUCAAGUGAGCCCGUUGGGGGCUGCUGGGGCCAGGGAUAUAUUGAGUCAUGUUGUAGGCCUCGAUCCGAAAAUACAGUUCUUACUCGCAGGGGGGAUUACACCGGAAAACGUUCGGCGGGCCAUAAGCCAGUCAAGAGUGCCGCUCAAAAAGGCCGAUGGUAUUGCGUUGGGAUAUGAUCCCGAUUUGGGCCAUGUGACAAUGGUAGCUAGAAUCCUUGAAACCAAAAAUCUUAUCAACGCCAUGCAGAAGAGCCUUGAAGAGGACUUGGCUAGCUGCGCUAUUGGUGCUACUGUUGGUUCUGGAGACUCUGUAUUCUCGGACACAAAGAAACUACCUACUGCUAAGGUGUCUUCUGUCAUUGCAAGUAUCUCUAAGCAUCGCCCUUCAUUCAGGUGCAUCGUCCCUGAAGAGAGCAAAGAUAUAACUAAGGGAGUAAGCGCUGCAAUUGGAUCGGUCCCGGAGUACUCUCUUGUAUUUGAAGAAAUGAAAUAUCGUUGCGACAACCUUCAACAGCUUCAGAGCUGUCUUAUCAGUAUGGGAACAGCUUCAACCGUGGGUUAUAUUGUUGCGCUUAAACUUUAUAACAUCAAAGCUUUCCCCGUUAUCCUUGAGCCCAAGAUCGACAGUAUCAAUGUCCACAGAAGCGCAGCUGCAGAGAGUUUGCUGGCAGCUGGCAACUUUGCUCUGAUUAAGGGAACCGUCGAAGAGAUCCUUCAUCUCUCAGACAUGUGCAAAAAUAAUGUUCAGAAGACUGGAAGUAUCGAACAAGAAGACUUGGUUGGCAUUGUUUCGAAGGAAUGCAAAGUACUCGCAUUAAGGGAGAGUUGUGCUGUACUUUCUACAGGGCGUGUCUACGUCCUCUCAGAUGGCAUUCGUACUAUUCACAUCAAAAAUGGUUCACAUCUCUUGAAUACAGUUGGAAAUGACGCCUUGGGUCCUGUUUUGGCCGCCUGUCUCGCCGUUGAGGCGAAUGACCCAUUCGUUGCUAUUCUUUCUGGCCUUCUCUUGUUCACUAUUGCUAGUGAUCAGGCAGCCGCUAAUGUUAAUACAAAAGGCCCAGGAACCUUCGUACCUGCGUUGAUUGAUGAAAUCUGGAAACUAUCGCAGCUGUCACUCAAUGGGGAUGACAGCUGGGCCGAGAAGGCUGUCUAUGAGAAGUUUGAGUAA